AUGGCGUGGCGCUCGAGAACACAAACAACGCGGCCGGGCCUCUUCGACACGCUGCGCGCAGACUGCAUCGCCGCCUUCAUCGAGUUCGUCGGCACCACCUUCUUCCUCCUCCUCGGGCUCGGCGGCAUCCAGGCCGUCACGGGCGAGACCGCGUCCAGCACCUCCGCGUCCAACAUCCAGCUCGUCAUGUACAUCUCCCUGUGCAUGGGCUUCAGCCUCACCGUCGCCGCCUGGCUCUUCUACCGCGUCACCGGCGGCCUCUUCAACCCCAACGUCAGCCUGGCGCUGCUGCUCGUGGGCGUGAUCGGCCCCGUCCGCUUUGUUCUCUAUUGCAUCGCGCAGCUGCUCGGCGGGAUCGCCGCGGCUGCGCUGGUGCUCGCCCUCACUCCCGGUCCGCUCUCCGCAAACACGUUCCUGCAGACCGGCGUGAACGCCGCGCAAGGUGUCUUUAUCGAGGCUUUCAUCACGGCCGCGCUGGUCCUCGCCGUGCUCAUGUUGGCUGCCGAGAAGCACCAAGCAACGCCGUUUGCACCCAUCGGAAUAGGCCUCACCUUGUUCGCGGGCCACUUGUUUGCCGUUUUCUACACCGGUGCCGCCACCAACACCGCCCGGUCCUUCGGGCCUGCUGUCGUAACCGGUUUCCCCUUUCACAAACAUUGGAUCUACUGGCUCGGUCCUUUCAUCGGCUCUUUGCUGGGCGCCGGCUUCUACGCACUCCUGAAACAGUGA